ACGGGGGAGGGCGCAGCGGGCCCGGGCGGCCAUAUUGAGUGUGGCAGGAAGGACUGCCCUCCCGCGGCGGCUGCCGGCGUCCCCCGCCACCCGCGGGGCCUGAGGUCCAGUAGGAGAGGAUUGCUUUUAAACAACUCGCGCCUGCUGUGCCGUGUCUGGAGUUGGAGCUGAGCGGAGCCUCCGGGAGGGCACAUGUGACAGGAGCCACAGUUGCAGGUUGGAGGCUGCCGGCUGACCCAGCUCUCGAGGCCUUGUCAGUGUCAGCGGAGUGUGUACAAGCCCACCCCACCGAGCAGAUUGACUCAGCCCAGCCACCCUGUGCAGCAUGUCCCUUUGUGAGCACGCACUGUCCCUCUUCCGCAGCGCGGUGGGCACCGUCCGUCCAGCUCCAAUGCUGAAGAAGGCUGUGAAGCUCCAGGGAGAUGGGUGCCCUCAGCUGCUGGUGAAGGGCAGGGCUUUUCCAGUUAAGAGGGACCUGUACCUGGUGGGUUUCGGCAAAGCUGUGCUGGGAAUGGCUGCGGCAGCAGAAGAGAUCCUGGGAGACCACCUCAUCCGGGGGAUCAUCAAUGUGCCACUAGGCAUCCAGGAGAGCCUGCAGCGAGCAGGAAUGCAGGAGAUGCUCCUGAAGCCGCGCAGCAAAAUCCAGGUCAUCGAAGGUGCCAAGAACAACCUCCCGGACCCAGAGGCUCUGAAGGGAGCAGUUGCCAUCCAGGAGCUGGCUAGGGGCCUGACUGCAGACGACCUGCUCCUCGUGCUCAUCUCAGGGGGUGGAUCAGCCCUACUGCCUGCUCCCAUCCCUCCCAUCCUCCUCAAAGAGAAAGAGAAACUUACUAAGAUGCUGGCUUCCCGAGGAGCUGCCAUACAGGAGCUGAAUAUUGUUCGGAAGACUCUGUCCUUGCUGAAGGGUGGAGGGCUGGCCCGGCUCGCAUAUCCUGCACAGGUGGUGAGCCUCAUCCUUUCUGAUGUGAUUGGUGACCCCCUGGACAUCAUAGCGAGUGGGCCCACUGUUGCCAGCUCCCACAGCGUCCAAGACUGCCUUCAGAUACUCGCCAAAUACAACCUGCUGCACAACCUGCCCAAGUCAGUAGAAACGGUUCUGUCCAGCUCUCCCACCAAGCCCACUGCUCCAGAAGACUACUCCCACGUUUGCAACAUCAUCAUCGGAUCAAACACGCUGGCUUUAGAUGAGGCCAAACGCCAAGCUGAGGGCCUGGGCUACGCGACUCUGAUUCUGAGCGCAGCGAUCUGCGGGGAAGUCGGCUGUGUCGCUGCGCUGUACUGCCAGCUGAUCCAGCUGGUCUGCCUGGGCUUUGCCAGCCUCGGAGAAGGGCCACUGGGUGAUGAGGUGAGACGGAAUCUCCUGCAGCUGGCGGCAGAGCUAGAGAUCCCGGGUUUGAACCUUGCUGAGUUUCUACAGGCCCUGCAAGGAUUAGGGCGCGAAAGACCUGUCUGCAUCCUGGCUGGCGGAGAAACCACGGUUCAGCUUCAAGGAACUGGCAAGGGAGGGAGGAACCAGGAGCUGGCCUUGCGCGUGGGGCUGGGGCUGCACAGGGCACAGGCUACAGAGACCGGCAGCUUCCUGGGGAGGUGCGAGAUCGUCUUCCUCAGCGGGGGAACGGAUGGGCAGGAUGGGCCCACGGAGGCGGCGGGGGCCUUCUGCAGCCCGGAGCUGGUGGACGAGGCACUGCAGGAGGGCCUCAAUGUGGAGGCCUUUCUCAGCAACAACGACUCCUAUACCUUCUUCAGCCAGUUCCAGGGUGGGCAUCACCUCCUGGUGACAGGCUUGACGGGCACCAACGUCAUGGACAUCCAGGCCAUUUUAAUUAGAGCCACAGAGAGAUCAUGAGAGCUCCCUCUGCAGAUAUCCAGAUGCAUUUAAUUAGGACUGGGGGUAAAUGAAGGCAUCAACACUGCAGACUAAUGCAAACUACUUGAAUUAGGGCUUGGUGUCAUGGCUGCUAAUAUCUUUGACAGAAAGAAUCCACUAAUUAAACACGUGAGUGGAUGUCCACAGCAAAAGCAAGCGCUUGUAAUUGGGAUCAGAGGAAGGUAAGAGGUCACAUUACUGACACAGAGGCUGCAUUUAAUGCUUCUGCUGAGAGCCACCACUCCUGUGUCUGCUUCAACUAUAGUUAAAAGACGUGGGGAAAGCGAGGCCAUGGUACAGCUGCCAGGGAGAGCCCUCACUGCAGCUGUCGCACCUCCAGUGACCCCAGCUCAAAAGCAGCUCAUCGGGGGGCUUUGCAGGUUCACAGAAGUGCGUUACAGUGACUGAAGGACAUAAAAGCAAUAGCAAGGCCUGCCCAGCUGGAGGCACGGAGGUACUGGGGGGACACAGUGGGAAGGGGACACCCAGCACCAGUGCCCUGCAGCUCCUCCGGCACCAGGAUGCCCGAGGCGACAGACCCUGAGCCCAGCACAAUGCACACCCAGCAGCGCAGCUAAUGAGCACAUUGGCCGAGAGCAGCGUUGUGUCUCAGACAGGUGACACAAAAGCAGUGCGCAGUGACAAAAGGUGGCAUACCUUCGCAGUGCAGCAUAGGAAAGGGUCGAUUGAGGUGCAGCAGCAAGCCAGCUGAAUGGAGUCCUCCUCCAGACACCUUCCCCACUGAUCCCUUCAGGAGAGCCUCCGUGCCAGCAGCAUGUAUGCUAUGAGCUGUCACGGUGUUGUUUUCCAACUGCCUAGAAAACAGUUGCGCAUCCAGCCUGAGCCACUGACCUUUCUUCUGCGCUGAGGCAGAAGUCGCUGUCACUCUGAUUAACUCCGCUAAUUCUGCAGAACAAAAGGCAAGGAAACCUUCAUGCUCAGCUCUCCUGACCCAUGCUGCUGAGCUGAUCAAAGGGCAAAGCUGCCAGAGCCGUGCUUUGACAGGGAGCUGCUUCCCCGCAUGCAUAAGGACAUGGCGGUUAUCACAGUUUCGUCACCUACUGCAGUGCAAUAUGUGGGAGGGCAGGGAUGAGCUGGGUUUCCCAGGAUGUGGAUCCCACUGUGGGGCUGGAUUUCAGAAGGGCUCUGCCUGUAGCAGCAGGCACGGCGAUGGUUUUGGCUGGAUAUUCAAAGGACUUCAGCUCAGCAGCCAGUAUGACCCAACACGUCCGACUCCUUUUGAAUAUCUGCCUGUUUGUUACAGAGCCUAAGCGGGAGCUGAACUCCUUUGAAAAUCCAGCCCUAAUUUAAUAGGACACGCUUGACUCAGACUCUUUCCAGACAGACAGACCUACUCCGUGUGGCUGAUCUCAUCUCGUGACAUAAAUACACCAUCCUGCCAACACCACGAGUCACGGUGUAUCACUGAAGAGUCGUUCUGCACCCCGCUCCAAGAUGGAUCGGAGGGUGGAUUUUUGAGGAGGAUGCGACACCUCCUGCUUUGGUUUUGAAGCCAAUAUUUAACAAGUAGGGAUAUCAACAGGACCAUCACGGGGCCUGGUAUUGAUGCCAGGCUGGCAGCUGGACAGUCUGGGCCACAGCCCAGGCGUAGUGUCAAGGCACAAGCCUGGGGAUUUCAAAACCCUGGUCUUACCCCGGUGGUUUAAACUCAUCCACGCAUCUCAUUUGUCCUCUGAGUCUGAAGGUCUUCUGUAACGUGCCUGAACUUGCUCACGCUGCCAAGCAGCUU